AUGGCUGAAAUGUUCUUAAAAUGCAUUACAGAAUAUAAUUUGCAGGAAAAAAUCCAAGGAAUAACUUUGGACAAUGUAGCAGCAAAUUCAACAUUUAUGAUGGAAUUAAGUAAAUUAUUGAUUCAAGCAGAUUAUAAAUUUGAUCCCAUUAACCAACAUUUUAGGUGCUUUGCGCACAUAUUCAAUUUUGGUGUUCAAGAUACUUUAAAGGUAAUGAAUGUUGAAGAAAAUGAAAAUGAACUGCAAGAAGAGAAUGAACAGAAUUUGUCUGAAAAUAACGAAGAUGACUCUUUAUCUGAUGAUGAAGAUUCAACAGAGCUGCCUUAUCCAGCAACAGUAAUUUUGAAAGUAAGAAAGACCUUCGUAAAGCUUCGACGAUCUGAAGAUUUGCAAUUAAUUUUGCAAAGUUUCUGUAACGCCUCAAAGACCAAAUACAUCAAACCCAUUCUUGACGUAAGUACAAGAUGGAAAAGUACCGACAACAUGAUAGAAGUUGCAUUAAAAAUGAGACCUGCAUUAAAUCUAUUCUGGAAGAAUUGUGAUAAGGUUGCUGACUUAAAAUUAAAUGAUGACGAAUGGUCUCUUUUGAUUCAAAUCCAUAAAUUUUUAGGUGAUUUUAAAAAAGUUUCUACUCUUCUUGGAGGUGACCAAUAUGUUACUCUUCCUCUUGUGAUUGUCGCGUUCAAUCUUCUCGAAACUAAAAUAAACAAGACGAUUUUUUCUUUGGACGAGAAACCUGAUCGAAAUACUGUUGACGAAAUACUGUUACUAGCUUUUCAAAAAGGACGAGAUAAAAUGUUGAAACAUUACCAUAAAACUAAUUGGUUCUAUUGCUGUUCGUUAAUCUUGGAUCCUAGAUUUAAAGUGGAAACCUUCGAACUGACGGAAUGGGGACAGGAAAUAAAAGAUGCUUCUAUGGAGUUUUUUGAAAGUAUUUUUCGUCAAGAAUAUUGCAAACUUAUCAAAGUCUCGACUCGUCUCGUCUCGUGA